CAAUGUGACACAGCCGAUCCGCCUAGAAGGAAUGCCUCCCGGGAGGUCUUUUAUGAGAAACUGGUCCUGUUUAAGUGUUAAAAACGUGAAGAAAACUCUAUGUGACUAGCCCAUUGGCUAACCACUAACCCGCGUAGAAUUUUCUAUAUUUUUUAAGUAUUUUUAUACUUCAUUUUAACAUAAUUAUUAAAGUAACAAUUACUUAAAUAUACUACAUUAACAAUUAUAAUACUUUACAAUAAUCGCUUUCCUGCAUCAAGUCGAAAGAACAUUUUUCAGGUUAAUUUGUAUCCAAAAAAAAAAUGGAUCAAUCAACGUUAAAAAUUGAAGAUUGGGAUAAUUUGAAAAAGCAUCUUUCUGAAAAGAAAACUGAACCGUUAGGAGAUGCGGAAGCUUUGAUAGAAAAUGGCAUCUUGUUCCCUAAGCUUACAAAUGUCAAUAUGGAAGUCAUGGAAAGAAUCGAAGAGCUUCGAAAGUUACAACUGGAAUACUUUCACCAAGAAGUGAAAUACUUUGAUGAAUCUCAUGACUUGGAUCUAAAAUAUGCUGGCAUUACAGAUCCGCUCUUUAAAAUGAGAAAGGAAAUUGUUAAUAGCAAUACGAAUGUGUUGAACAAAAAUGUAAAAUGCACUGAAAAUGAAGAUCCAGAAGAAGCAACUGUUCAAGGAAUUCCGGAUUUUUGGCUUAAAGUUCUUUUAAAUUCGGGUAUAAAAAGUAUGAUAGAAGAAGAUGAUAAAGAUGUCUUAAUGUAUCUGAAAGAUAUCUGUUUAAAAUACAAAGCAGCUAACUGCAGAGAUUUCGUUCUGGAAUUUCAUUUUAAACCGAAUAAGUAUUUCAGAAACACAAUUUUAACGAAAGAGUACGAAGUGAAAUGCUGUUUGAAUCCCACUUACCCUUAUUAUUUCGAAGGUCCCGAAAUCGUAAAAUGUACAGGCUGUAUCAUUGAGUGGAAUGAAAAUUUCAAUAAAACAAUAAAACCCGUCUGUAAGGAAAAUGAUGGAGAAAACGUUACUGACGAAACAGCGACAGAGAAGCAAUCAUUUUUCAACUUCUUCGGCAUCUUCGGCCAUAUUGAAGAAAGCAACGAUCAUGAAAUCAGGGAAUUUCUAACUUAUGACUUUGAAAUCGGGAAAUAUUUCAAAGAAAGAAUUAUACCAAGAGCUGUACUUUAUUACAUCAAAGAUGUAGAACCCGAAAGUGACUGGUCUUCUCUUGAAUCGGAAGACAGUUCUGAAGAGUAAAAUUUAUUAUUUCAAUAAAUAAGAAGCAAAAUUAAAAUUUGAGUAAAAUUUUAAAUAUUGAAAUUAAUUAAAAUUAUAUCAGAAAUUGCAAAUAAAAUAUAUUUAAAAAU